CAUCAUUUUGGCGUGACUCCCCUUCACCCUCCUUCUGCCCUGCCUUCUCCUUCACCAUCGCCGCUGCUAUCAUCAGUCGAUAUCACCUCCAUCCAAGCGCAUAUUUAAUUCUUGCCGCGCGCCUCUUCAUCGUCAAUUUCCUUACCAUAAAUCUAUCUCUCAUUAAACGUUCGAAUCUCGCACCAGGACAGAACGGCGCGAUCAGUGGUCAUCUGUCCCGCAACUGCACCGGACUUGGACAGCUCUCUCUUGACGCCUGCGACACUACGCAUCGUCCACUCCUUCCGCCUUUGCAAAAUCUAUCCUUGACCUCCCUCUCUCCAUCCGUUCAAGAUGUCUGGCAGGCUAGAUCAAUCUCUCGACUCCAUCAUUGAUAGCCAGAAGAAGGCGAAGCGCGAGGCUCGCCGCCGCAAGGUCCCAAAGUCAACUGGUCCAACUGCGCCAGUCGGUGGUGUGAAGAAAGCAACCAAACCAGUAAAAUCUACCAUCAAACCUUCCGCCGGCGCCGCAUCUCAAUCCCGCUCGAGCAAGAUCGUUGUCAGUGGAUUGCCGUUCGACGUCAACGAAGCCCAGAUCAAGGAAUACUUCGGCAAGUCCGUAGGCAACGUCAAGAAGGUCUCUUUGCAGUACAAUCAGAAUGGUCAGAGCCGCGGUAUUGCCGACAUCAUCUUCUCGAAGCCCGACUCUGCCGCCAAAGCUGCCAAAGACCUCAACGGAAUGCUGGUGGACAAGCGACCAAUGAAGAUUGAAGUUGUGAUGGACGCCAGCAGUGUUCCAGAGCCGGCUCCAGCCAAGUCACUUGCGGAACGUGUUGCGUACGCAAAUCCACCAAAACGCUCGGGAAAGUCAGAACCACUGACAAAGACCAGCGCCAACCCAAAGGCUCAACCGAAGUCGGCCACAGUGACGAAGAAGGUGACCGCAAAGGAUGGCACCAAGGGGAGAUCGGCCGGCAAACCCGGAAAGCCGAAGCGUGGACGAAACCCUCGAGCCAAACCCAAGACUGCUGAAGAACUCGAUGCCGAAAUGACAGAUUACUGGGGCGGUAAUAACCCCUCCGCAGUGGGUGCGACCACUGAAGCUGCCACCAACGGCACUGCUCCCGCAGCCAAUACUGGCGAUGACAUGGGCAUGGAAGAGAUUUCAUGAAAGCCCGUGAUUGGAUAUCGUGAAGGAAGACAGAAUCCCAGGACCGAAACUCGCACCCGCACGAUCCCCAGCAACAACCGACUUCCAAGCUUUCUCUUUUCACCACACGACUGUACUGAAUAGCCAUCUAACAUUUUGUUCCGCUCUUGCACGACCCACACCUCCUACUUUAUUCAUCCAAAAAUUGUGUUGCUAUCUUUGCGAGGGAGGCAGGGGUCCAGGGCACGGGCCGAGGAUGGCCUGGAGGGAUCGGCAGUAAUGGUCGUGGGCGGACACUGGGAGUGUGAACCUGGCUUGGGAUGGGAGACACCAGAGAUAGAGUGCACUGGACUAUUAGCUUGGUAACUCAGCAGGCAGGAUCCUGACCAGAAAUGCGUGCAAAAACGAGCUUGAGUAGCAAAAGUCACGUUCCCGUUCACGGCAAUUGUUAGAAACUCAUUUAGCAUUC